GGGACACAAGAGAAUCACAAAUAUAAUGAUGGCGGUAACACACGCCUGUUUCAACGAGAAGCCACUGGGGAGUUGAGAGUAAGAGCUCAGCUGGAAGGUAAGGACUGGGGUGAGUAAGGAGUGGAGGGUAAAGAGUGGAGUGUGAGCUGAGCAGCCCAGCGAGUAGCGAAGAAAAGGCAAGAAGAGAGCAAAUUGUUGUGAGUGAAAACCUCCAGGUACCCGUCAUUGAUUGGCCCGCAGGUCAGACAGAUGAAGCCCCUCCUCCUACAUCGUGCGUCACUGCCGCUUUGGAGAGGAAACAUGAGCCGCUCAGACAGUGCCACAAAGCGCUGCCUCACUACGGCCAGCAGGGGGAGCGCACACCCUGCAAAAAUGCUUCCCGAUCAGAGCGCUUCCCUAAGCACUUCAGCGAUCUCUAUGGUAGCUCUAGUACGGAGGCAGGACUCUAUGGUGGGCUGCAGACUGUACCAUUUCACUGUGCAGCAGCGGGGGGGUGGCUGAGAAAGAUGGCGCAGGCUUUGUCCGAGGAGGAGUUCCAGCGGAUGCAGGCGCAGCUGUUGGAGCUCAGAACCCAGAAUUAUCAGCUGUCGGACAGUCUGCGGAAGAACAGCCAAGAACUCUCGGCACUCCGACAGAAGCAUGGAUCUUUGGAAAAGGAGUUUGGGAAAGCACAGAAGGUGCUCAGUAAAAGCAAGAAGGCUCAGGAGGUGGAGGCUCUGCUUGGGGAGAAUGAGAUGCUUCAGGGGAAGCUGCACAGUCAGGAGGAAGAUUUCCGGCUACAGAACACUACACUGAUGCAGGAGCUCUCCAAGCUGUGCACUCAGAUUGAGCAGCUAGAGGCUGAAAACACAAGGUUCAAGGCUGGGCAGCCUGCAGUACCAGGUCCAGACGGUUCAGGAGAGAAAGAAGUAAGGAGGCUCCAAGCAGAAAACACAGCACUACAGAAGAGAAUAACAAGUGUGUGUCACAACUCCCUUCAGGAAUGUCAUGAGAAAGAGAUUGCCACCCUGAAGUGCCAAGAAUGGGAGGCUAAUGGACACAGUGCCACAUAUGCAGAGGAAGGGGCGAGUGGAUCCCAGAUCCUUGUGGAAACAGAAGGACAGGCCUGUCCCAAGCAGGAUGGACUGGGUGCUGGCAGCUGGGAGCCAAUCACAGAGGAUCUGCAAGGAUUCAAACUAAAAUUAGAGACACAAAUUGAAGAAAAUCGGCUGCUGAGAGAUCAAAUAGGGAUUCUUCAGAUGGUUAAGAUACAGGAGGAACACAGCAAGUCAGUGGAGAAGCUGAAGAAAAAACAUGAGAGCUACUUACAGCUACAGAUAGAGAAGGAGGCACUGUACAACGACAGCAGGACAAAAAUUGAGGAACUUCAACAGAAGAAAGAAGAAGAUAUAAAAUCUCUGACCUUUCGGAACCAGAAAUUGCAGCAGGACAUGCAGGUGGCGCAGCAGAGCUGCAUGGAGCUGAGAGAGCAGGUGCAAAGUCAGAAGCAGGAUCAUGAGAGAACCCUCCGGGGUGUACAGGAGCAGGUGGCAUGGCAGAGUGCAGAGAGUCAGGAGCAGGUGGACAACAUUCUAUCUGAGAACGAUGCCUUACGCACCAAUCUAGCUGCGUUAGAACAGAUUCAGAGUUCCAGGACCCAGGAGCUGACUCUUCUACGGGAGCAGAAUGCCGCGCUCACAAUGGAAGUGCAGCAGCAACAUGAUGAAAAGGAAGCCAUGCUGGUUGAGAGAGAGGACCUAAGGACUCAGCUGCAGGAGUCUCUCCAUGCCAACCGCCGUCUGCUGGAGCAGCUUCAGGAGAAGGAGCAGGAGAGAGAUUGUCUCCAGCAGGACCUGGAUGAAGCACGCAAGAGCGCUGAUAAGCGGAAAGCCAUGUUGGAUGAAAUGGCCAUUGAGAUGUUGCAGGAGAAAAGUCGCCACAAAGAUGAGGUGGGAAAUAUCAAGCUUCAGCAUGAGAAGGAGGUGCUCAAUAUCCGAGGCAAAUAUGAAAAGGAGCUCCGAGAACUUCAUGAAGAGAAGAACAGAGGGGAAGAGGAUCUGCGGGGGCAGCUACGGGAUGAGAAGGCUCGGAGCAGGGAGUUGGAGGGGCUUCAGCAAACGUCCGAGGAGCUGCGCUUACAGAUUCACUCACUAGAGGGAACCAAAGGAUGGUUUGAGCGGAGGUUGAAGGAGGCAGAAGAAACUAUGGAGAAGGACCAGAUGCAGCACCAAGAGGAUUUAGGCAAGAUCAGGAGUGAGCAUUCAGCAAACUUACAGCUUAAAGACCAAGAGGUGGGAGCCGUGACCCAGAAGUUGGAGGAAAGUGCAAGAGAGAAAUGGGAUCUUCAGGAGACUAUUAAGCAGCUGAGGCAGGAGCUGAAAGACACAGCUGACGGGCAGCGAAUACUAGAGAAAAAGGGCAGCUUGGCACUUAAAGACCUGAAAAGGCAGUUACACCUGGAAAGGAAGAGAGCGGAGAAACUACAGGAGCGAUUACAGGAGAUUCUCACAAACAGCAAGACCCGAACAGGGUUGGAGGAACUGGUGUUGGCAGAGUUAAGUUCCCCAAGUCGGGCACAGACUGGCGACAGCAGCAGCAUCUCGUCCUUCAGUUACAAGGAGAUCAUGAGGGAGAAUGCAGCCCCCAGUGGCAAUAAGUCCAAUACGGGGAGUCCACAGUCCCAGACACACAGGCCGGCUGAGCUGUCGGAUGAAGAGGUUUCGGAUCUGUUCCAGAGACUGGCAGAGAUUCAGCAGGAGAAGUGGCUGUUGGAAGAAAAGGUGAAGCAUCUGGAGGUGAGUAGUGCCUCCAUGGCAGAAGAUCUGUGCAGGAAGAGCUCCAUCAUUGAGGCCUACGUAAUGGACAGCAGGAUCGACGUGUCUGCUGCCCAUGGCCAAGUGGAUCGGAGCAGCCUGGGCAGUGUCUUAAGGGACCUGGUGAAACCGGGAGAUGAGAACCUGAGGGAGAUGAACAAAAAGCUGCAGAACAUGUUGGAGGAGCAGCUCACCAAGAACAUGCACCUACAGAAGGACCUGGAAGCUCUGUCGCAGGAGAUUGUACGGCUGAGCAAGGAAUGUGUCCCGGGGCAGGAGCACGGGGGUACACUGAGCUGAACUGGUGCCCCCCUAUAUCUCAUUGGCCCCUUGUCUGUUGCACAUCCUCUAACAACCCCCCAUAUUGACACUGGCUUCCCCGCUCAGCUUCUUGCUGCCUGUUGGCAUUGCACCCCCAUUUGUUCCUUGUACCCCUCUCUUGCUGGCACUGCUCCGAAGCUUAACGAGCACUUCCUGAACUGUUUGUGCAGAUCCUUAAUGGCUAGUGCUGGGGGAUAAUAAUAUAAUAAUAAUAUAAUAUUGCUUACUGGCCCGUCAUUCCUGUCUAUUUCAUGGGCUCUAUCAUGAUCUGUAUAUAUUGCAGUGUUUGGGUGCUUCCCUAUAGAACUUCUACGGAUAUAUGGUGUAUAGUAAUGUCCUUUUAUUUAACUGCUGGAGAAGUUCUUUAGUCACUUUUUUAUGCUUGUGUGCGUGUGUGGGGGGAUCCAUUUCUCAGUACCCAUGUGACCUUUCCUUUCUGGCAAACUGCAGCUCUGCCUUGCUUUAUGGCAGCAAUUGUAGCCUCAGGAUCAGAGCCCCAAUGCAAGAAGACAAAGCAGAAUCCAGUGGAGACAUUACACAGUGAGAGCUAAGGAGGAAUAGCAAUGGCUACAUUGCACCUUAUAUGAUGACAUUUACCCCCCCCCCCCCUAAAUUCAAAGUUGUACCCCUUGUCCAGCCAAACUCUCAUGUAACGCAUGCCCAGAGAUGUCACAUUUAUCUGAAUAAAGUGUUAACCUGU